UUUUCCUCACAAAAACAGUACAUACUUUUAGCUCGUAGUAUAAGUAGGCGAAUUGGGACUCAGCAUAUGUGUUAAAGAUGGAUGGAGAUUUUUUUUCUUCAGUUAGUUCAUUUCGCCUUUCCUGUCGUCUGACCUAAACGGCUUUCCGUACCGUAGUACGCGAAUCACAGGAAGCAGUGGACUGUUGAGCUAACCUCAUCCAAUCUUUCACAACAAUGAGGUUCCGAUUUUGUGGAGAUCUGGACUGUCCUGACUGGGUUCUUGCAGAAAUUAGCACCCUUGCAAGAGUGUCUAGCGUCAAGAUGAAACUUCUCUGUGUGCAAGUCAUUAAAGAUCUGCUUGAUGAGGGCAUCGAUUAUGACAAAGUUUCGAAACUAACGUCAGAUGCAAAAUUUGAAAGUGGAGAUAUCAAAGCCAGUAUAGCUGUCCUGAGCUUUAUUCUGUCCAAUGCUGCAAAACAUGAUGUAGACAGUGAAUCUCUCUCUAGUGAACUACAGCAACUUGGUCUGCCUAAAGAGCACACCACAGGAUUGUGUAAAUCAUAUGAGGAGAAGCACAAUGCUUUACAGGAGAAACUGAGAGAAAGCAGCUUACGCUUGGGUCGCCUAGAAGCGGUGAACUGGAGGGUAGAUUACACCCUAAGUUCCAGUGAACUAAAGGAAAUCAACGAACCCACAAUUCAGCUCAGGUUUCAGUCACAAAACCCAGAAACAGACUCAACAGAGACCACUGUUAUCUCAGUCAGUGCUGACAAGUUCAGAGUACUGUUAACAGAGCUCAAACAAGCACAGGCUAUUAUGAAUGGGCUGCAGUGAUGCAUGCAUCCUUCGUUGGAGCAUUUACAUUUUUGGGCACUGAAUCGACUUUGUAUAUGUAAAUGUGCUGCUGUAACAUUCAGUUACAAUAUACAGAACUGUUCGUCAUGUACAGACGUCUGCUUUGUCUUUUUGAUUAGUCAAAUGUUGCCCAAAUUGAGCAGGCGGACGGUAUAUGGUGACGCAUGGUGGGUAUUAUUAACAGCCGACCUUUUCUAAGCUCUAAUGGUCUGGAAAUAAAGACCUAUUUUGAUCAAUCUGGCCUUUGUAAACUCUUUGCUGUCAAAUUAAAAAGACAUGUGAUGUCAUUAAAGAAAAGCUUUUAUAUAUCAAACAGAUUUAUAUUCUGGGCUUUGCAAACUGUGCUGUCAAAUUAAAAAUGACACGUCAUUAAAGAAAAGCUUUUAUAUAUCAAACAGAUUUAUAUUCUUUAUUCACAUUUGGUUUUUAUCAGUCACUACAGAUUUUGCCACUAGUCAAAAUAAUAAUAUUUUAUAUCUUAACAUAUAUUAGUUAUCAUUUAAUUAACUUUCUUUGAUUUUUCUUUAUUUUUUCAAUAAAAUAUAUUAUCAGCA